AUAAUUAACAAAGGACGAGAAUUCUAACAAUAAGCCAAAGAAAGCUCGUGUAUACAUGGACACAAUCCAAAUGACAGUAAAAGUAUGUUGUGCUGCCAUAGCAAUUACUCUGUUUGUGUGUCUAUGGAGAGUGCUGAAUUGGGUUUGGUUCAGACCAAAGAAGUUGGAGAAGUUCUUGAGGAAACAAGGUCUAAAAGGGAAUUCUUACAGAGUGUUGUAUGGGGACAUGAAAGAUCAAUCUGGGAUGAUUAAGGAAGCCACCGCAAAGCCUAUGAAUCUGUCUGAUGAUGAUGUAGCUCCAAGAAUGGUGCCUUUCCUUCUUGAAACCAUCAAGAAAUAUGGGAAAAAAUCUUUUAUAUGGUUUGGUCCAAGACCACAAGUAUUGAUCAUGGACCCUGAGCUUAUAAAGGAAGUACUCUCCAAAAACUACUUGUAUCAAAAGCUUCAUGCAAAUCCAUUCGCCACCUUAUUUGUACAAGGACUAGUAAGCCAUGAGGAAGACAAAUGGACCAAACAUAGAAAAAUCAUCAAUCCUGCCUUCCAUCUAGAGAAGUUAAAGCAUAUGCUUCCAGCUUUUUACUUGAGCUGCAGUGAGAUGCUGAGCAAAUGGGAAGACACGGUUGCAGUUGGGGGCUCACAUGAGAUAGAUGUAUGGCCUCACCUUCAGAAAUUGAGUGGUGAUGUGAUCUCUCGGACGGCUUUUGGCAGUAGUUAUGAAGAAGGUAGAAAGAUUUUUGAACUUCAAAAGGAACAAGGCCAGCAUUUUCUCAAUGCUCUACGCUCCGUUUAUGUCCCAGGCUGGAGAUUUUUACCAACAAAGAGGAACAGAAGAAUGAAGGAAAUAAAAAGGGAUGUUCAGUCCUUAAUAAGAGGUAUUAUUGAUAAGAGAUUGAAGGCAAUGGAAGCAAGGGAUGCGGAUAAUGAGGAUCUAUUGGGCAUAUUGCUUGAAUCGAAUUAUAAAGAAAUUGAACAGCACGGAAACAAGGACUUUGGAAUGAGCAUCGAAGAAGUCAUUGAAGAAUGCAAGCUAUUCUAUUUUGCUGGCGCAGAAACUACAUCAGUGUGGCUUCUAUGGACUCUCGUGUUGUUGAGCAGGUAUCACGAUUGGCAGACACGGGCCAGAGAAGAAGUCUUACAAGUGUUUGGGAGUCAGAAACCAGAUUUUGAUGGAUUAAAUCGUCUAAAAGUUGUAACGAUGAUUUUGCACGAGUCAUUAAGGCUAUAUCCCCCGGUAACAAUACUUACCCGACGGGCUAAUGAAGACAUUGCACUAGGAGAACUAUCUCUACAAGCUGGUGUAAUAGUCUCUAUGCCAGUGAUCUUGUUGCAUCAUGAUAAAGAGAUAUGGGGUGAAGAUGCAAACAAGUUCAAUCCAGAGAGAUUUAAGGAAGGACUAUCAAGUGCAACAAAGGGUCAAGUCACAUAUUUUCCAUUUGCUUGGGGUCCUAGAAUAUGCAUUGGACAAAAUUUUGCCAUGUUAGAAGCAAAGAUGGCUUUGUCUAUGAUUCUACAAAGCUUCUCUUUUGAACUCUCUCCAUCUUACACACAUGCUCCUCUGCCCAUGGUAUUUGUUCAGCCUCAGUAUGGUGCUCCACUUAUUUUCCAGAAACUAUAAUUUGGUAGCAUUUGUGAGAGGCGUCUUGUAAUAUGGAGUAAUACAGUUAUUCAGACUCAGGUUCAGGGCGGAGUUACAAUAUUAGAUAUGGGUUUGGACGAACUAAAUAACUUUUGCUUAAACCUUAUAUUUGUAUUAGGAAACCCAGUAACUAAAAUGAGCUAUGAAUUUGUUGGCAAACUCAGAAUCUAUAAACUUGAAAUUCUGGAUCUUCUACAAGAAAUAUAUUAUUUUGCUACUGA